AGCUGCUCGCGGCUGGCAGCAGCUACGGCCGGCCGUGCUGGGGGCGCGCUUCCUUCUUACUGUUAUUCAUAUUUAUUGCUGCUGCUCGUCUCUCCCGUGUUCACAGGCAGGCCAUGUCCUCCGUGAGGAUCGAGUGCGUGGCCAAGGAGGGCUACAGGAUCGGGGAGUCGCCCGUGUGGGACGAGAAGGAGGGCGCGCUGCUGUGCGUGGACAUCACGGGCAGGAAGGUGUGCCGCUGGAGCCCGCUCACCGGGGAAACGCGGGCCAUUCCCGUGGACGCUCCUGUGAGCUCUGUGGCUCUCCGGAAGUCUGGGGACUAUGUCAUCACCCUGGGAACCAGGUUUGCUGCUUUGAAGUGGAAAGAGGAGCUGGUAACCACCAUUACUCAAGUGGACAAGGAUAAAGCAAAUACCCGGUUCAAUGAUGGGAAGGUGGAUCCUGCAGGGAGGUAUUUCGCAGGUACGAUGGCAGAGGAGAUUCGUCCUGCCGUGCUGGAGAGACACCAGGGCUCUCUGUACACCCUCUUGCCUGACCUCUCAGUGGUGAAGCACUUUGACCAGGUGGACAUUUCUAACGGGCUGGACUGGUCACUGGAUCACAGAAUCUUCUUUUACAUUGACAGCUUGUCCUACUCGGUGGAUGCCUUUGAUUAUGACCUCCAAACUGGGAAAAUUGGCAACCGUAGGAAUAUAUACAAACUGGAAAAAGAGGAGAGCAUUCCUGAUGGGAUGUGCAUUGACACAGAAGGCAAACUCUGGGUGGCUUGUUAUGAUGGUGGGAGAGUGAUUCGCCUUGACCCUGAGACAGGAAAAAGACUCCAGACUGUGAAACUUCCAGUAGACAAAACAACUUCCUGCUGUUUUGGAGGAAAAGAUUAUUCAGAAAUGUAUGUGACUUCUGCCAGCGAUGGGAUGGAUAAAGAGUGGCUUUCAUGGCAGCCUCAGGCUGGUGGGAUUUUCAAGAUAACAGGACUGGGGGUGAAAGGAAUUCCACCAUAUCCAUUUGCAGGUUAAAUACACUCUUCAGAAUGGAUUAGAGAGGGCUGACGUAAGCAAGACAAGUCUGAAGGUCUUAGUCUGGUGCUCAGCAUCUUUUGCUUCAAAACCAUAACACCAUUAGAAUAUUUUAUCAGGAAAGGAUGAAGAACUACUAAGAUACAUGGAAUAUUUUAAAACUGAUAUUUUUUUCUCCUUCUAAACUUACUUUAAAUAUAUGAUGGUACUUUUUCUGUUGUGCUAAAAAGAUUCUCAUCCUAAUAAGCCACUGUUGUAAUUCUAUUUUAUGAUUAAAUAAUAUUUUAAUAUCUUUU